AAUUACCUCAACUAUUUUUUCAAAACAGCAUCUGUUUGUGAUACGCUAUUUGAUCAAACACAGAUGUUUUAUUUAUAGGUAUAUUUCGCGGCCAGAAAUGGGUGAUCCGUUAUUGUGUGAGAAUGCGGCGACAGUGCAGGAAAUUCAGCAGCACUGCUACUGCCAACUCCAGGCUCACGUUGUUGAAGGAGAAGAAAUGGGAUGCGCUGGUGAUCGGCGGCGGCCAUAACGGCUUAACUUCCGCCGCAUACCUAGCUCGCUCCGGCCUCUCCGUCGCCGUCAUCGAGCGACGCCACGUCUUCGGCGGUGCCGCCGUCACCGAGGAGAUCGUUCCAGGCUUCAAAUUCUCCCGUUGCAGUUACCUCCAAAGCCUCCUCCGCCCCUGUGUCAUCAAAGAAUUAGAACUGAAGCGACAUGGAUUAAAGCUGUUGAAGAGAAAUCCAUCAUCGUUUACCCCUUGUAGAGAUGGACGCUAUCUUCUGCUCGGUAGAGAUAAACAGCAAAACUAUUCAGAAAUUUCUAAAUUCUCCGAACGUGAUGCCAAGACUUAUCCCAGAUAUGAAAAUCAGCUGGACAAGUUCUGCAAAUUUUUGGAUCCACUUUUAGAUUCUUCAACACCUGAGACUCUUCAAGGAAAUUCAUCUUUUAAUGACCGACUGCAUAAUAAAUUAGAAAGAUCAGCAUUUUGGUCUCACUGUCUGAGGCGUGCACUUACAUUGGGGCAAAGGGAUAUGAUGGAUUUUAUGGAUAUUUUACUUUCUCCAGCAUCAAAGGUUCUAAACAACUGGUUUGAGAGUGAUGUUCUAAAAGCAACUCUUGGGACUGAUGCAGUGAUAGGGACCACGGCAAGUGUACAUACACCUGGAAGUGGAUACGUCUUGCUGCAUCAUGUGAUGGGGGAAACUGAUGGUGACCGUGGUAUUUGGUCGUAUGUUCAAGGGGGAAUGGGCUCAGUGUCAUUGGCCAUUGCUAAUGCUGCUAUGGAAGCCGGUGCAACUAUACUGACUAGUGAAGAGGUUUCAGAGUUGAUAGUUGACGGCACUGGCAGGGCGUCUGGGGUGUUGCUGGCUGAUGGAACACCUGUGUAUUCUUCUGUUGUCUUGUCAAAUGCAACCCCUUACAAGACUUUCAUGGAUCUUGUACCAAAAGAUGUGCUUCCUGAAGACUUUCUUCGUGCUAUAAAGCUAUCUGAUUACAGCUCUGCAACUACCAAAAUAAAUUUGGCAAUUGACAGAAUUCCACAGUUUCAAUCCUGCAAUUUGGGACAUCCUGAUGCUGGGCCACAGCAUUGUGGAUCCAUUCAUAUUGGCUCGGAGAAUUUCGAGGAUAUGGCUGCUGCUGCACAGGAUUCUGAAAAUGGAUUACCAUCUAGAAGACCUCUAAUUGAGAUGACUAUACCUUCUGUCUUUGACAAAACCAUUUGCCCCCCUGGAAAGCACGUUGUCGGUUUAUUUAUCCAGUACACGCCAUACAAGCCAUCAGAUGGAAGCUGGGAAGACCCUGCAUACAGAGACAAAUUUGCACAGAGAUGCUUCAGCCUAAUAGACGAAUAUGCUCCUGGGUUCAGCUCAUCUGUUAUUAGUUAUGACAUGCUUACUCCACCAGAUCUUGAAAGAGAGAUUGGCUUGACAGGGGGGAACAUCUUCCACGGUUCAAUGGGAUUAGAAUCUUUGUUUCUCAUGAGACCAGUGAAAGGAUGGUCAAAUUAUAGAACUCCCCUGCAAGGUUUAUAUUUGUGUGGCAGUGGGGCCCAUCCGGGCGGGGGCGUUAUGGGUGCACCGGGGCGCAAUGCUGCCCAUGUGGUCAUUCAAGACUUGAAAAAAAAGCAUAUGAACUGACUGAUGCCAUUCCAUGAAAUUCACCAGUUUGAGCAUUGAUGAUCGAUCGCUUAAUUGGUUUAUGGCUUAAGCUUCUUCAGGGUUCAGCGAUGCAUCAUUAUAGGUAUCUGUAUUUAUAUUUAAGUAUAUACAUCAUAAUAAUUCAUAGGGUUAUUC